GCUGAAGCCCUGGGCUGCCCCAGGCACCCUCGCCUUGCUACCCCGGCCAGAGGGGAUGAAGGUGCUGUUUUUCAACCCUAAACUUUCAGCCAAGAAUGAAACUAUUUGGAAGUUAAGAUGACAACAGAUCACGAAGAGCCCUGUGGUCCUAGUCACAGGUCAUUCUGCUUGAAUGGAGGACUUUGUUAUGUGAUACCUACUAUUCCCAGCCCGUUUUGUAGAUGCAUUGAAAAUUAUACAGGAGCUCGUUGUGAAGAGGUUUUUCUCCCAAGCUCCAGUAUCCAAACUAAAAGUGACUUGUUCACAGCUUUCGUGGCAUUGACUGUUCUUCUAGGAACUCUUAUCCUUGGAGCCCUCUACUUCCUCUGCAGGAAGGGCCAUCUUCAGAGGGCCAGUUCGGUCCAGUAUGAUAUCAACUUGGUAGAGACAAGCAGUACCAGUGUCCACCACGGUCAUGGAGAACAUUGAUGAAAUAACACAGUGAAGCCAAAUCAUUGCUUCUUUGUUACAAAGGCAAGAAAAUGAAACACUAAAU